UGGAGGAACUUGAAUCUAUUGUGAAAGACACUUUUGAGGUUGAUGGAAAGUUUACUUUGCACUAUAAGGAUGCUGACUUUGGAGAAGAAUAUUUUUCUCUGACAUCAACAGGUGAUAUCAAGGACAAGGACACACUCAAGGUGGUUCAGAUUAUUGAACCCCCCACAGUUACUCUGACAUUUAGUGAUGUAGACAGUUCCUUUAUAUCUGCAUCAGAGACCUUGGUCAAUGCUUCAGCAAUGUCAGAGACUUCCAGUGUGUCCUGUGGCACCAGUUGCUCAUCUGGAUCUCAGGAUACAGUAAUUCUUUCCUCACCUGAACAUCUGAGUCAGCGUUUACAGCGCUGGCCUACCAGUUUUUCUGUUCCUCGCUUUGCUUAUGACACUGAGCUUUUACUUGCUUCAGGAAAUGAAGCUUUCAAAAAGGAUGGAACUAAACUCAACUUUAUUCCAGUUCUUCCAGAUAUCCUUGAGAAAUUGGCUGAAACGAUCUUUCAGUAUGUUGCCUACCCAACAUCUGCACAGUUAGCAGAUGUAGCUGAAGCACUUGUUCGACAGCAUCCAUGCCUUAAAGAACCAGGAUCCUAUGGAUGGCAACAAAGACUAAAAUAUAAAAUGGGCAAUUACAGAAGUAAACUCAGAGGGCUUGGGUGCCCUGAGCUGGAUGUGAACUCUCUCAAAAGAAAGCAAGCACAUGAGAAGACACCUUCAAAGAAUCUUAAAAAGCCAAGAAAGGCUGAGGUGAACUAUUUGCCACCUAACCCACAAGGAGAAACAGAGGAAAGUUUGGAAAAGGAAAGAUUGCAACUUCUUGAUGAAGUGAAGAAGAGGAACAACUAUCGGAUCAUCAGUGAAAAAAUGGCCAAAACAUUCUCGAGUCGCAGACAGGAAGUUGUUAAUCUGGCACCACCUGUCAGUGACUUCAAAAGUAGAUGGCCUGCACUUUUUGAUGCAACACAGAUAAAUGACGAGUUCCAAAGGAUCACCACUGUUAACUUGGAAACAACAUUCAUGGCAAAACUGGACCAGUAUUCCGCAAGAAUAAUGUCCCUGGCCUCUUCAAAAGCAGGUGCUGCAAAAAUUAAGAUCGAGCGCAUCAGGAACAUGCUGCAAGAGAGUUCGGUGGAAAUAAAGAGAGAGGUCGCAAUCCGUUGCCUGAUGGUGUAUCUGAAAGAGAAAGAAGAGGAUCUCUUCAGAGAACAGCUGGAUGGUGAAGAACAGUUCCCAGAAGAAGUGGUAAAGAUUGUAGUCACCAGACGUGCAGCAGUGUCUCUCCCAGCCAUCGCUAAAAUUGUGAUUGAAGGAACAGCAGUCCUGGAAGACCUUGAUGUGCCCAGAGCGUGUGCCUUAAUGAUGGGGCUUAUAUACGCUCUCAAUCUGAGCUACCCAAAACAAGUAAAGAACACUCUAGAGGUAUUCCAGAAGGUAUUUCUGGAACUUGAUGGGCUUAAAGCCAGUCCACGGGUAAUGUCUCUUAAGUGCAAACUUCUGUUGUGAAACGAAUGUGAAUUGGAGUGUAGCAUUCCGAUGUGCCUCUUA